AUGACGCAAGUUCCCAAACGGGCACACGUCAAGUCUGGUUGCCGAACCUGCAAAACCCGACGCGUAAAAUGUGACGAAGCUCGUCCCGCCUGUUUGAAAUGCACCAAGACGGGACGUGUAUGUGAAGGUUACGGUAUAUGGGGAGGUGGUUCCGCUCAAGGGCCGGCUUACGAGACUGAUUUAACCAGUUUUGCUCGCGUCAGUGCACUUCGCCAAUACAACCUCAAUAUAAUGACUCCACAGAGAUCUUUACAUCAGAGGCAAGCAUUCGAGUUCUUCUGCCAGAGUCAAUCUCUCAAAAUCUCCGGCAUGUUCAAAUCGGAUUUCUGGGACCACCUCCUGAUUCAAGUCAGUGCCACCGAAUCCCUUGUCUUCUUUGCUUUAGCUGCAGUUGGAUCAGCCCACAGAGCACAUAUCACCCGAAGGCUUUCCUAUGCCGAGUCAAAGGAAACUCUUGCAAAGUCAUACGAGAGUUUGGCAUUGACUGAGUACAAUAAAGCCGUCAAAGAGAUGAGCCAAAUCGUUGUGAAAGAGGACGAUUCAUCCCUAAGGAUCACAAUCAUUGCAUGUCUUCUUUUUAUUUGCGUGGAGAUGAUGCUUGGUCGGCAUCAGGUGAUGAAAAGUCAUUUCCGAUAUGGAAGCACACUCCUUCACAAGAUACAAAGUGGUGAUCAGGACCCGAUUGAUCGUCAUAUCGUCGAUGCAUUUGGCAAGAUGACAAUGCAUCUCGCACUUCUUGGGCAGACAUCGCAGAGUCUUGUUGCCUUUCGUCAUGGACCCACCUACGAUAUGGAUGUGCCAUGCGAUGACUGCUUCGAUACACCGCGAAUUGCCAGUCAGUCACUUGACGAGCUUCUCCAGGCCAUCUUUGAGCUCAUGGCACAGGCCGAUGAUCUCGAUCCAUUCAAGACUAUAUCUCAUGAGCUCCGAGAAGUUGCAUAUGAUGCGCUUACUCCGAACUUUGCUUCAAUCCUCUCGCAAAACCAAAAUAUCUUCCGAGUCAUUGACCAUCAGAGGUCGUUAGAAGAUGGCAUCAAGCUCUGCAGUGUUGAUGAAGUAUUCACCGUAGAAAAGGGAGGGUUUCCUUCCUUGUACUUUACUGCUCUGAAAUGUCGUGUGCCCGAGAUUCGGCGCAAGGCCAUUCGGAUGUUACCUAGCAUUACACACACUGAAGGCCUGGCCAACGGCUUGAUCUUGAGCCAGAUCGCCCAUAGGAUCUUCAUUCUCGAGGAUCCCCAAGGCGCAGCAAAGAUGAUGGACGACUUUACCACGCUUGAAUCUGAAGGCUGCCCUGAAGAGCUUGUGCCAGAAGAAGCCAGAUUUCAUCAGAUGCAUGCGCAGCUGAACUCUUGCUCUUAA